AUGUCCCUUGUGGGGCGAGGAGGGGGGGGGCCCCCCUCGCUGCUGGGGGCCCUCCAGGAAGCAACUGGGGACAAGAAAAAAGCAGCAACUCCUGGAGUUGCUGCUAGACUUCAAACUGCUGCUGCUGUUCUCGAGCAGCAAAGCGCCAGAGCCUCCCUCGCGCUGCUGGGCGCAGUCGAGACUCUCGACGCCGAGAUCCGCCCCGCCCGCUCGCAGAUCGUACCAGAGCUGGUGGUUGAGGUGUUCAUCCAGCUGCUGACAGUGCUGGCUCUCUGCGCCUUCGCAAUUGCUGCUGGAGUUAUUGUGGGGUCUGUGAUGUCUCGAGCCACAGUGUCUCCGGGGACUUUGCUGCUCGCGCUCGCUGCCCCGCCCCAGCCCCCUCCCCUCCCCGCUGCCGCUGCUGCUGCUGCUGCUGCUGCUGCUGCAGGGGCGUUUAUCGAGUCGUCCCUGGGGAUGUACUUGGAGGCCCUUUACCUGCCUGCUGUGGGGCUUCCUGUGUCUUCUGUUUGUUUUGCUGCUGCUGGGUCUUUUUCGCCGUGGGUGUCGCUGCAGCCGGAGGAGCAGCAGCCAACUCCUGCUGCAGCAGCAGAGCUGCUGCGGCGGGGGCGGGAGAACUAUUCGCUGAUUCAGCGGAUCUCUGUGGAGCAUUUCCGGGGAUCGGAUCCCGAAGCUGGGAUCGUCGAUCCCGGGGAGCAGCAGCAGCAGUACCCGGGGGCCUCGGGGCUGCUGCACGUGCUGCUGCCGCGGGCGGACGCGGCGCUGGUGCAGCUGCUGCAGUACGACGCAGCAGCAGCAGCAGCAGCAGGAGCAGCAGCAGCAGCAGUGGGUCCCACGCUGCUGGUCUCGAACUCCGUGCCCUUUAUUCCUGGACUCCAAGUGGGCCUCGACUCUGUCUCCUUUUAUGUGGGAAUUAAUUUGCCGCUGCAGCAAACCGAUUUGCUGCUGCUGUCGGCGCUGCAGCGGGACUGCAGCGAGAGGCAGCAGGUGUACAUACAGCUCAGGGCCUCGGUGGUCUCCGCCCGCAGCAUGCUGCUGCAGCUCAGCCACCGCCCUUUUGCUUUUGCGCCUUUUCCCGUCAAGUGCAGCAUCAGCAGCAGCAGCAGCAGCAGCAAGUGGCCCCCAGACACCCCGCCCAGCUUCAAACAGGAGAGAGACAAGUACCUCCUCGAAGCUGCCACGCUCGUCAUGGAAGGCGGCUACUCCUGA